AUGAGCAUUCCAUGCAGCAUCCUAGGUAUGAAUGACGUGGCCUGGCAGGAGACGAGAGGUGGGAUGCUGCAUGCAAAUGGUGCUCCUGAGGCUGGAGGUGUCAGGGUUCACAGUGGAGGGCCUUUAGCUGCUGUAGCUGGCCAGGCUUCCGGAGGCCCCCAUUUACAGGGCAUGGAUAGGGCCGGGAACCCUACACCAGGAACGCCGCAACCUCCAUUAAGCGGCCGCUCGCAGGAUGAUGCUACGGUUGGCUACUUCUUUCAGAGGCAACCUGGGGAGCAACUUGGAGGAUGUGCGCCGAGCAAACACCGGUGGCCAACCGGGGACCCCAAUCAUGUUGAUCAGGUCCGUGCUGUAGAUGAAAUGAACUACGACUUUCAAGCUCUCGCUUUGGAAUCUAGAGGAAUUGCAGAGCUUUUGCCAGCAAAAAAGCUUUGGGAUUCGGAUGAGCUGGCAAAGGAUGGAAGAAAAGGAAUGCUUCUUGGAGAGGAGUGGAGGGACAAUGCAUGGGGGUCAUCACACCAUUCAGUCUCCCAGCCAAUUAUGGUCCAGCGACGCCCAGGUCAGGGUUUCCAUGGAAACGGCGAUGCCAAUUCUGUGCUGUCACCUCGCUCAGAGGGUGGUGGCUUAGGUGUGAGCAUGGUGGAGUAUGUCCUGAGCUCAUCUCCUGGUGAUAAGAUGGACGCCCGUUACAGGAAUGGUGGCUAUGGUGGAGGUGAUGCUGACCAGGAUGGUAGAGAAAAGAACGACGGCCCUGAGAAAGUAUCUCCUUUUGAGGAAGACAAGAGCUCAGAGAUGAAGGUGGGAGAUGACAGCGAUCCUGCAAAGGCCAAUGGAAGAAGUUUACUAAAUGGCAUGGACAGGGACUGCAAAGACUUCAACCCAACUCCAGGAAGCCGUCAAGCUUCUCCAACUGAGGCAGUGGAAAGGAUGGGCCCUAACCAGACAGGAUUGGAGAUAAUGAGCCAGCACCAUGCUCAUGCCCAUGCACACGCUCAUGCCCAUGCUCACGCUCAUGCUCUACAACAACAGAACCACAACAAGGGACCGGUGGAGGACUUUCAUAACCAGGAAGCCCAAAACAUGGGUGGCAUGGAGCAACAAGCUGGCGUAGAAUCACUUCAGUUUGAAUAUCCAGGGAACCAGAUUCAGGUUGACUCCUCUGGAGCCCCAGUAGGAUUGUUUGACUACAGCUCUCAGCAGCAGUUAUUUCAGAGGUCAAAUCCCCUGACUGUUCAGCAACUCACAGCAGCCCAGCAGCAACAGUAUGCCCUGGCAGCGGCACAGCAGCAGCACCUUGCUGGCCUUGCUCCUGCAUUUGUGCCAAACCCUUACAUCAUCAAUGCUGCGCCCCCUGGAGCCGAUCCAUACACUGCAGCAGGGUUGGCAGCAGCCGCAACGCUCGCAGGACCCACAGUAGUUCCACCUCAAUAUUAUGGCGUUCCUUGGGGUGUGUACCCAGCCAAUCUUUUCCAACAACAGGCUGCAUCUACUGCCAAUCACUCUGCUAAUCAACAAGCAUCCAAUCAGGGACCAGGGCCAGGCCAACCUCAGGUAAUGCGCACAGGAAACAACCAGCGUCCUCUUACACCUGGCCAAGGUCAACAAAGUCAGCAGGAAUCUCUGGCUGCAGCGGCAGCAGCAGCUGCUAACCCCGCACUGGCAUACACAGGGAUGCCCGGUUAUCAAGUGUUGGCCCCUGCAGCCUAUUACGACCAAACAGGGGCCCUGGUGAUGGGCCCUAGUGCUCGAACUGGCCUCGGUGGACCGGUUCGUCUAGUUCAGACUCCUCUCCUCAUCAAUCCUGCAGCAGCACAGGCUGCAGCUGCGGUCUCUGCAUCAGGUUCUGGUAGCAACAUGUCUGGCCCUCCGACAAACGGCAUGUACCGCUCCAUGCCUCAACCCCAACCUCAGCCGCAGCAACAGCAGGCACCGCCACAGAGCAGCGGCUUGCAAUCAAAUUCCUUUUACGGCUCCGGGUCAGUCCCCAACACCUCGCAGAGCAGCUCACUUUUCUCCCAUACAUCAGCUCCACCACCACCUCAGAGCUCCUCGCUUGGCUUCAGCAGUACCGGUAACUCGCUCGGCGUGGGUCUGGCCUCUGCUCUCGGAGGAUUUGGCUCUUCAGUAUCCAGCUCUACCAGUAGCAGUGUGUCUCGCAGGGAUUCCCUGUUGACAAGUUCUGAUCUUUACAAACGUGGCAGCAGUAGUUUAACCCCCAUCGGCCAGCCCUUUUACAACAGUCUGGGUUACUCCUCCUCACCCAGCCCGAUUGGACUCACCCCUGGCCACUCACCUCUCACUCCCCCACCUUCUCUGUCCUCCUCUCACGGGUCAUCCUCUAGUCUUCACCUCGGUGGCUUGACAAAUGGCAGCGGGCGUUACAUCUCUGCAGCACCUGGAGCUGAGGCCAAGUACCGCAGUGCCGGUGGAACAUCCAGCCUAUUUAAUUCCAGCAGCCAGCUCUUCCCCCCAUCUCGGCCCCGCUACAGCCGAUCUGACGUGAUGCCAUCCGGCCGCAGUCGUCUCCUGGAAGACUUUAGGAACAACCGUUUCCCGAACCUUCAACUUCGAGACUUGCCUGGACACAUGGUGGAGUUUUCUCAAGACCAACAUGGAUCGAGAUUCAUCCAACAAAAGCUGGAGAGAGCCAGUCCUGCAGAGAGACAGAUGGUUUUCGGAGAGAUUCUACAAGCAGCAUAUCAGCUGAUGACUGAUGUGUUUGGGAACUAUGUCAUCCAGAAGUUCUUUGAGUUUGGGAGUGCAGACCAGAAGCUGGCCUUGGCAACUCGUAUCCGCGGCCAUGUCCUCCCACUGGCUUUACAGAUGUAUGGAUGCCGGGUAAUUCAGAAAGCCUUGGAGUCCAUUUCUUCUGACCAGCAGGUAAUUAGUGACAUUGUUCGCGAGCUGGAUGGCCAUGUUUUAAAGUGUGUUAAGGAUCAGAAUGGAAAUCAUGUGGUACAGAAAUGCAUUGAGUGUGUCCAGCCUCAAGCCCUGCAGUUCAUCAUAGAUGCCUUCCAGGGCCAGGUUUUUGUUCUCUCCACUCACCCUUAUGGCUGUAGAGUAAUCCAAAGGAUUUUAGAACACUGCACCCAAGAGCAGACUUUGCCAAUUCUGGAAGAGCUGCAUCAGCAUUCUGAGCAGCUGGGUCAGAAAUAUCAAGGCGUAUCAUUGGAGAUGACACCCAAAACAUAUUAUACAGUGUCCCGUGAUGCACUGUUCAAGGAUCAGUAUGGUAACUACGUCAUCCAGCAUGUUCUGGAGCACGGUAGACCAGAAGACAAGAGCAAGAUAGUUGCAGAAGUGCGUGGGAAAGUCCUUCUUUUGAGCCAACACAAAUUUGCAAGUAACGUUGUCGAGAAAUGCGUGAUCCACUCCUCGCGUGCUGAGAGAGCUCUACUGAUAGAUGAGGUGUGCUGCCAGAAGGAUGGCCCCCACAGUGCCCUGUACACAAUGAUGAAGGACCAGUAUGCAAACUAUGUUGUCCAAAGAAUGAUAGACAUGGCUGAGCCGGCUCAGCGUAAAAUCAUCAUGCACAAGAUCCGGCCUCACAUCGCCACCUUGCGCAAGUACACUUAUGGGAAACACAUUCUGGCCAAGCUGGAAAAGUACUACAUGAAAAGUGGCUCUGAAUUGGGACCCAUUGGCGGACCCACAAAUGGCCUCAUGUAG